GAGGGAAGGAGAGAAAGGAGGUUUUUGCAAAGGCAUAUCUCAGGUUGAUAGCCUUGGAUGUAUGUAUUGAAGGCAUCUUUUUUUUUUUUUUUUUUUUACACCCCUGCCAAAUCGGAAAGUCUGUUCUCUAAAGCUCGGGUUAGCUAGACUAUAGGGUUUUAUUCUGGCUGCAGAAUAACUGGCUGGUGUGGCUUUGCAAAGGGGGGCAAAAAGAAAAAAAAAAAAGAGACAGGAGAGGGAGUACGUGAAUCGUCCAGUGCGAUCUCUAUUGUUUGAGACUUACUUUUUAUCAGAAUUUGAAGAUGAACACGGUUAAAAAAAUGGCCAUGCUUUAGCGAUUCAUCAGCCUGGUGUGAAAAAUUGUGCUUGUGAAAAUUUUUGUCAUCAUUAUUUUCUUCAUUUUGGAUUGAGAAAAUGAAUCCAGAUGUAGAAGAAAGUACGAGAUGUUGGAAAAAAGUACCUGUUAAACAGUGGAGCAUCUAACAACUAAAGUUGCAAGAAGUUUUAAGGAAUUAAAAUUGUUAUGCUUCGAUUUUGCUAUGGUAUUGACUCUCUAGCACAUAGGUAGCCCUCCAAAAACAUUCAGUUUUCCAAAUUAUGGAAAUUUCGUGGAAAACGUUGACCUGGAUUUUAAGCCUCAUUAUGGCUUCAUCGGAAUUUUAUAGUGACCACAGACUUUCAUACAGUUCUCAAGAGGAAUUCCUGACUUAUCUUGAACACUACCAGCUGACUAUUCCAAUAAGGGUUGAUCAAAAUGGGGCUUUUCUCAGCUUUACUGUGAAAAAUGAUAAACACUCAAGGAGAAGACGGAGUAUGGACCCGAUUGAUCCACAGCAGGCAAUGUCUAAGUUAUUUUUUAAACUUUCAGCCUAUGGCAAGCACUUUCACCUAAACUUGACUCUCAAUACAAAUUUUGUAUCCAAACAUUUUACAGUAGAAUAUUGGGGGAAAGAUGGACCCCAGUGGAAACACGACUUUUUAGACAAUUGUCACUACACAGGAUACUUGCAAGAUCAACGUAGUACAACCAAAGUGGCGUUAAGCAACUGUAUUGGACUGCAUGGUAUUAUUGCUACAGAAGAUGAAGAGUAUUUUAUUGAGCCAUUAAAGAAUACCACAGAGGAUUCCAAGCAUUUCAGUUAUGAAAAUGGCCAUCCUCAUGUUAUUUACAAAAAGUCUACCCUCCAACAACGACAUCUCUAUGGUCACUCUCACUGUGGGGUUUCUGACCUCACAAGAAGCAGCAAACCUUGGCGGUUGAAUGAGACUUCAUCUUUUCCUUCUUCACUACCAAUUAAUGACACUCAUGUCCACCACAGACAGAAAAGAUCAGUAAGCACUGAGCGAUUUGUGGAGACAUUGGUAGUGGCAGACAAAAUGAUGGUGGGCUACCAUGGCCGGAAAGACAUUGAACAUUACAUUUUGAGUGUGAUGAAUAUUGUUGCCAAACUUUACCGUGAUUCCAGCCUAGGAAACGUUGUGAAUAUUAUAGUGGCCCGUUUAAUUGUUCUCACAGAAGACCAGCCAAACUUGGAGAUAAACCACCAUGCAGACAAGUCUCUCGAUAGCUUCUGUAAGUGGCAGAAAUCCAUUCUCUCCCACCAAAGUGAUGGAAACACCAUUCCAGAAAAUGGGAUUGCCCACCACGAUAAUGCAGUUCUUAUUACUAGAUAUGAUAUCUGCACUUACAAAAAUAAGCCCUGUGGAACAUUGGGCUUAGCCUCUGUGGCUGGAAUGUGUGAGCCUGAGAGGAGCUGCAGCAUUAAUGAAGACAUUGGCCUGGGUUCAGCUUUUACCAUUGCACAUGAGAUUGGUCACAAUUUUGGUAUGAACCAUGAUGGAAUUGGAAAUUCUUGUGGGACGAAAGGUCAUGAAGCAGCAAAACUUAUGGCAGCUCACAUUACUGCAAAUACCAAUCCCUUUUCCUGGUCUGCCUGCAGUCGAGACUAUAUCACCAGCUUUCUAGAUUCAGGCCGUGGCACUUGCCUUGAUAACGAGCCUCCCGAGCGUGACUUUCUUUACCCAGCUGUGGCCCCAGGUCAGGUGUAUGACGCCGACGAGCAGUGUCGUUUCCAGUACGGAGCAGCAUCCCGCCAGUGUAAAUACGGGGAAGUGUGUAGAGAGCUCUGGUGCCUCAGCAAAAGCAACCGCUGUGUCACCAACAGUAUUCCAGCAGCUGAGGGGACAUUAUGCCAGACAGGAAAUAUUGAGAAAGGGUGGUGCUAUCAGGGAGAUUGUGUUCCUUUUGGCACUUGGCCCCAGAGCAUAGAUGGGGGCUGGGGUCCCUGGUCACUAUGGGGCGAGUGCAGCCGGACCUGCGGGGGAGGCGUCUCCUCAUCCCUAAGACACUGUGACAGUCCAGCACCUUCAGGAGGUGGAAAAUACUGCCUUGGGGAAAGGAAACGAUAUCGCUCCUGUAACACAGAUCCAUGCCCUUUGGGUUCCCGAGAUUUUCGAGAAAAACAGUGUGCAGACUUUGACAAUAUGCCUUUCCGGGGAAAAUAUUAUAACUGGAAACCCUAUACUGGAGGUGGAGUGAAACCUUGUGCACUAAACUGCUUGGCUGAAGGUUAUAAUUUCUACACUGAACGGGCGCCUGCUGUAAUUGACGGUACCCAGUGCAAUGCAGACUCACUAGACAUCUGCAUCAACGGCGAGUGCAAGCAUGUAGGUUGUGAUAAUAUUUUGGGAUCUGAUGCUAGGGAAGACCGGUGCAGAGUCUGUGGAGGGGAUGGAAGCACAUGUGAUGCUGUCGAAGGGUUCUUCAAUGAUUCGCUGCCCAGAGGAGGCUACAUGGAAGUAGUACAGAUACCAAGAGGGUCUGUUCAUAUUGAAGUAAGAGAAGUUGCCAUGUCAAAGAACUAUAUUGCUUUAAAAUCUGAAGGGGAUGAUUACUAUAUUAAUGGUGCUUGGACUAUUGACUGGCCUAGGAAAUUUGAUGUUGCUGGGACAGCAUUUCACUACAAGAGACCAACAGAUGAACCGGAAUCCUUAGAUGCUCUAGGCCCCACUUCCGAAAAUCUUGUUGUAAUGGUUCUACUCCAAGAACAGAACUUGGGAAUUAGGUAUAAAUUCAACGUCCCUAUCACUCGAACCGGCAGUGGAGAUAACGAAGUUGGCUUUACGUGGAACCACCAGCCUUGGUCAGAGUGUUCCGCCACUUGUGCUGGAGGUGUCCAAAGACAAGAAGUGGUCUGUAAAAGGUUGGAUGACAAUUCCAUCGUCCAGAACAAUUUCUGUGAUCUUGACAGCAAGCCACCUGAAAAUCAAAGAGCCUGUAACACGGAGCCCUGCCCACCUGAGUGGUUCAUUGGAGAUUGGCUGGAGUGCAGCAAGACCUGUGAUGGUGGCAUGCGCACCAGGGCAGUGCUCUGCAUGAGGAAGAUUGGGCCCUCUGAGGAGGAGACACUGGACUACAGUGGCUGUUUAACACACCGGCCUAUCGAGAAGGAGCCCUGCAACAACCAGUCAUGCCCUCCCCAGUGGGUGGCUUUGGACUGGUCUGAAUGUACUCCAAAAUGUGGUGCAGGAUUCAAACAUCGGCUUGUUCUGUGUAAGAGCAGUGACCUUUCCAAGACCUUCCCAGCUGCACAGUGUCCAGAGGACGGGAAACCUCCAGCUCGCAGCCGCUGCAGCUUGGGCCGCUGCCCUCCUCCGCGCUGGGUCACAGGAGACUGGGGCCAGUGUUCUGCUCAGUGUGGCCUUGGGCAGCAAAUGCGAACAGUGCAAUGCCUCUCCUACACUGGCCAAGCGUCUAGUGACUGUCUAGAGGCUGUUCGUCCUCCAUCGAUGCAGCAGUGUGAGAGCAAAUGUGACAGUAGCCCCAUCUCCAGCGCCGACGAGUGCAAAGAUGUGAACAAAGUGGCUUACUGCCCACUGGUGCUCAAGUUCAAGUUCUGCAGCCGAGCAUACUUCAGACAGAUGUGUUGUAAAACCUGCCAAGGACACUGACCCACGGGAAGCCAGGGAGAGCCUUGUUUCAUCAUGGAAACGCGUCCAUCAAAGAGAGCCACCCGGAGGAAGAGGACUGAGGUCCUUACAAAAGCAUUACCCUGUGGAAAACGUAACCACUGGUCAGCCCAAGCUGACGGGAUUUCAAUAUUAUUUUAACUUCUAUGAAGUGGGAUUUAUUGAUCCAAAGUGCUGGACACGAUAUUAGGAGGGAAUGCCAGAUUGGAGAGGUCCAAACCACACAGGGAGACUUGCUUACUGUGGAACGUUUGUGUUCUUUCGAGUAAAUCCAAUAGCCUGUUUACCUCCUUGGACCAUUUAGAUAACUUUUAUUAUGGACUUAGCAAUGACACUGAAUCCAUUUGUAUUUAAAACUGUUUAAAAUGUAGUUCUUGUGACUUGGUCAAUCAUGGAAGUAAAGAACUCUUAUGUCAUAGCUUAAAAAUAUUUACUAUGCUUUAUCUCACCACAAUAGCACCACAAUUUAAAUUAUAAGAUGGGCUUUGAACUUUAAUUUAAGUAACAAUUAUAAUGCAAAAGUAAUGAAAGUUUGUAUGAUUUUUCUUCAAUCCACUUAAUUUCCUUAGGAAUAAUCUCCCUGUUUUGAACACUGCUGUGAGCCAUGUAUAAAACUACAUUAAACUGAACAAUGAGGGACUUAGUUUAAAGCAGUGCAUCAGUUACUGCAGCUGUGCAAGUCUAUAAAUUCAGUGCUAAGAGACUGUGGCCAAGUUGCCAUUGUGCAAGUGAAGCUGAGAUUUCUAUUAAAACUUUAAGAGAAAAGCAUUUCAGUUUCAUGUAGAAGCCAGACCUGGGGUAUGGUGGAAACUGGAGUGCCAGGCCCUGUUAGCCAUCACAUAGGUUGCCUUACUCUGCAUGUGGGUCACCCCAGCUCACUUGUGUUUACACCUUUACCAGCCACAUAUUGGCUUCCACCCUGUGGACUAUGCACGCUGAGAUGACACAGCGCAAAAGAUAGGCUGGCUCUGUAACAACCAGGCAGCCAUUUUGCAAUUCGCUGGCAAUUACGAUGGGUUCCAGAUGUCCCUUCUUUGAUAUGGUAGAAGGGCAUUUAUUUAUACGAGAGCAAGUGUGUGCAUGUGUGUAUGUGUGUGUGCAGGCACUUCCGAGUGUGUGGAUCGAUGAGUGUGCUUGCACAUAAAUGUGCCAUUUCUGUGAGUUUUAAAGUAGGCAAAGGAUAACAACCAAAGAAGAAAAGAUCAUGAAGACUAGAAAUCAUAAAGUGUAAUAUUAAUAGUCACUCAACCAAGUAUUUGUUCAUGGUUAUUCUGAAAUAGCAAUUAAAUGUGAAACCUAGUUUCUUGGGCAAGUCACAUUCUAAUUCUAAAAUCACAACUUCUUAACUUAAAAUUACUAAGUGGUAUCUUCCCUACCUUCAGGUUUCACAUCCUACCAUCAAAAGACUCAACGGUUAGAUGUUUAAGGGUGCUUAUUGUUUAAUGCUUUGUACCUGGACACCUGUAGCAGGUUCUUAAUGAACAGGCAACUUCCUUUAUCAUUCACGCAUGCGCAAUGGGCGUCCACCAUCACCUAAAACGCCUAAUGGCCACUGUGUGACAAAAAUACUGUUUCCAGUUAAAGAGCAUGUCCCAAUUAUGUCUGUCACUGUGCUCUGAAAGUGCAUGUUGGUGUGCCACGCGUGCCGGGAUCUAAAGUAGACAACUUACUGUUACUGUUUUCCAGAAAGAAGAGAGAUUCAGACGUCAAAAGUCAACCUAAACUUCUGCUUUGCUAUGGACAGUUGGUCUGGAAGUUUCCCCACAGUCUGCCACAUCUCAUUCCCUGCUUCUCUCUCAACCCCACAGUUCCCAGAGAGGAGAGGGAGAGAGAGCACUGUUGAAGACGUAAGAGCCAUCACCAAAGCCCCCACCUUACUGUCUUUAAGAGACCAGUAGAAGGCCGCCUUAGCCACCGCAUGAAGGGAAGGGAAGGCGGCCUGUGGAAGGGUGACCCACACUUGAAUUCCCUUUGUCCUUUUCAAAGAGCAGUUCACUUGGUGCUAAUGUGCCUUGGUGAAAUAAAGACUGGGUGGUUUCUGGGGCAAUUUAGGCAUAGGUCUGCUAUCCAGAUCUGAUUUUCACCAACACAAAUGUCAGCUCAUUUAUUUUAUCUUAUUUUAUUUUAUUUCAAAAGGAUGUCUUACAUUACCGGUGAAAGGCUACAUUUUACCUCACCUGGAAGCUGACAUCACAUAUCACAAGGGCUGUGCCCAGCACUAUGCUCCCUUCUGCUGGGGCAAGAGGAAGAAGGUGGCCUUCAUUCUCCCCAGGGUAUGUGCCAGCACUGAGGGCUGGAUGCUCCCUGGGGUAGCACAGACAUAACAGAAUUAAACAUUUUCAGACAGGCCCUUAGUGUGAACCUGAGAAGGUUAAGAAACAAAAACAAACAAUAUUCCACAGCAUGUCACAGUACUGCUGCCGCUGUAGCCACCUGCAUGGCUGCAGGAGUCUCCAUGGUAACAGUGGAUCAUCAGCAGAGGCUGCGCUGCCCUGGCAGGCGCUCCGGAAGUCAAGAGCGAUAUAUAUGCAUACUGACUACUUAGGGUACAAGGGUAUCCGUGGCUUAGAACAGUGCCUGCCACUGUUUAAAGGCCUGUCCCCCAAAAGGAAAGGUAAAUGUAUCAAAAUGAUCAAACCCCUAAAGACACACACAUGACUUCCAAGCAGUCCGGUUCAUGAGGAAUCUUUAUGUGAGUGAAUGUCACAUAGGUGUCCUUAACACAGAAUAAGAUCAUCUUUGUAUUAUUGUGAUUAGUUGUUGCUUAUUAUUUUAUACUCAGUAUUAAUGUGGUACACUGUUACUUUUUUUUUUGCUUUUGUAAAUUAUAUUCUAAUUUAUUACCAUGUUUCCUAACACCUGCCCUACAUUCAUUCUCCCGCUUGUAAUGAAAAUGAAAAAGUCAUUGUAACACUUGAUGGAGUGAAAUUUCAUACCAGGCACAGAUUUUUUUUUA